AUGACCGAUCGAUACGUGAAGGAUAUCUUGGAGAAAUUGGAGGAGAUCGAGAAGCUGCACUCGAAGCUCCGCAGUCUGGUGCCUCGUAUGAAGAAUCAUCCCGAGGCCGGAAGUGCCGCCGCAAACGUCGCUCACAGAUACGCGAACCAAGUUUCCGUCACGGAGGCGAAGGAUAACGCGAAGAAUUCUUGGGAACGUAAAUUGUCCGCGAACCGGGUCGAUUCAGGCGGAUUAAGAAGUUCUCGUGGCUCGAGAUACUUGAAAAAAUUGCGAAGCAAUUCGGUGAACUUCGUUAGCGGGCAGUGGAACGACAAGAAGGACAAAAUCAAGGGUUUCCUGGCUGACUUAUUCGAACGCGACGUGAUUCUCGUGACCAGAGCCGCGCAAACGACCGAUAGCUUGGUGGACGGGCCGAUGACUUCGAGAAAACAGUCAAGCACAAGAAACCAGAACGGACGAAUCGGCAAAAAUGGGUUUUCGUGGGCGCAGAAGCGGCAGAUUCGCAAGAAACGGAGAAGCAGUGGGCAGGGGCUGUUAGAACGAAUCCUAGAGCAGUUUAAUUAUACCCAUGAUUCCGAUCUCAGCAACGAGGACAGAGUGUCGAUACGUGAUCAUCCUUUAGGUAGCCAGGUGCCACACAGAGCGCAGAAACUGUUGCUGCUUCCGGACGACGAGACCGAGACAUUAGGAAUUAUUUCGAACGCCAAGAGGGUUUCGGUUGACGAUAAUGAGAUCUAUUCAUCAUCGGAUAGACGGAUACAUAGGUUCGCGAGAAGGUACAGCGGCGAUCAUUGA